CAUUCUGGGAGCUAUUUAGAUUCAACAUCACAAUCAUUUUCUUCCUAUAUUCUAGUGUCAUCGUUCUAGGUUUUAGGUUUGCUGCCGAUGUACAGCUAUCUCACGUUCAAAUCAUAUGGUGUUCACUGUUCAGCCACAAUUUUACUGGAAGAAUGGUUUUGAAUUCAGUCAAACGUUACUACAUUAAUUUGCUGAAGAUUCAGGAACACGAAUAAUUUCACAUAAAAAUUAUUCAAAAAACUGGUGUUUGAAGAGUAGUAUCUCUUUUAAUUCUUCAUUUGUGAGCAAAGCCAGAAUAUAAAUUUUUAAAUGCUUAAAAAGGUAAUCAAUCAGUACAGAGUUCUUUGUACAGACAUCUAUAGUAUUCACAAUUGCUGCUUAUGAAAUAGUCAAGAUUACUUAACCCGACAUUAACUCUUGUUUUUUUAUCUUCUAGGUAGUUGUCAUUUUCCGCCGAGCUCCGUCUACUUGAAUUGGCCUUUCUCACAUAGUAAGUAAUUUUACUAGUAAACAAGAAAUGGAUGGAAUCGUCACGUAUGAAUCCUCUUCCUCUGAUGAUGAAAUUCCCAAACAAGAUACUGCUCCAACACAACUUUUAAAAAGUAGUUUGAUUAAAUCCAUCGAUGUUGCGCCAGUUGUGGAGCAUAAGGACGAGUUUCUAUCUCUUGUGCCUGUUGAUCCACAAUCUCAUGAACUUAUUCAUAAUCCUACUUAUGAAGAAUUAUUCGCACCAUCUUUCGGUCCAGUCAAUCCGUUUAAAUCUGAAAAACAAUUGGCUCCUAAAAAUACUUUAACUGGAUAUGUUGAAGAGGCUCACGUUAAUAAGUUUGCUUUUGAAAACCAGCAUAGAACUUUUAUGACUUAUGGUUACGCAGAAGAUCCUUCUGUUGAAGGAGGUGCUGAUCGACGUUUAGUUGGAGAGACAGAAAGCAUGACAGAAAAUGAAGGAAAAACUGCAUUCGAAAAGCGUCAGAAACGAAAAGGUGAUCUACGUAAACGUGAUAGUAAUUGGGAUCCAACGAGUGAAGAUUAUACUGGACCAUGGGCUAAAUAUAAAGAUGAAGUAACUGUUUCGGUUCCUUCUGAAGAGGAUCGUGUUUAUUUGGAAGCAUAUUUAGCAAAGAAAGCUAGCAAAAGAAAAGUUGUCGAAGAAGCUCCAAUUGAAGAAAAAUCUACACUGCAUAUACCAACACCAUAUGAUUAUCAGGGUAGAAGUUUCUUGCAUGCACCACAUGAUAUACCGAAUGUGAAUUUACGAGCAACUGAUCCACCAGAAAGAUGCUUUUUACCUAAAAGACAAAUUCAUGAAUGGAUUAGUGCACACGCACGUGGUGUUGCAGCAAUUCGCCUGUUCCCUCAUACUGGUCAUUUAAUGUUAUCUGCUGGAAUGGAUUCAAAGAUUAAGCUUUGGGAAUUAUAUAAAGAACGUCGAUUAAUUCGUAGUUAUAUGGGUCAUCGUCAAGCUGUUCGUGAUGUAUCAUUUAAUAGUAAUGGAACAGCAUUUUUAAGUGCAUCUUAUGAUCGUUAUGUAAAAUUAUGGGAUACAGAAAUUGGUAAAUGUACAAAUCAAUUCAAUUUAAAACGUGUUGCUUAUUGUGUACAAUUUAAUCCAGAUGAAGAUAAACAACAUUUAUUUUUAGUUGGUUGUGCUGAUAAAAAAAUAUUAUGUUAUGAUACGCGUAGUGGUGAAGUUGUCCAACAGUAUGAUCGUCAUUUAGGCGCUGUCAAUGCUGUUGCAUUUGUGGAUAAUAAUAGAAGAUUCGUUUCAACAUCCGAUGAUAAAUCGUUACGUGUAUGGGAAUGGGAUAUUCCAGUGGAUUUUAAAUAUCUUGCUGAUCCGUCUUUACAUUCAAUGCCAGCGGUUAGUGUUUCACCGAAUGGGAAAUAUUUAAUUUGUCAAUCUCUUGAUAAUCAAUUAGUUGUAUUUAAUAUAUUUGCUGGUUUUAAACGUAUGCGUAAAAAAAUCUUUCGUGGUCAUAUGGUGUCAGGUUAUGCAUGUACUGUAGAUAUGUCACCAGAUAUGCGUUAUGUAAUCUCUGGUGAUGGUGAUGGUUAUUUAUGUUUAUGGGAAUGGAAAACAACUAGAUUAUUAACAAAAUGGAAAGCACAUGAUGGUGUAUGCAUUAAUUGUGCAUGGUUACCACAUGAAACAUCGAAAGUAAUCACUGCCGGUUGGGAUGGGAAUAUACGUCUUUGGGAUUAAUUUUCUUUGCAUAUACAAGAAAAAAGAAACAGUAUAGUAUUUCACACUAUCAUUUUGUAUUUUUCUACAGAAUUAAUAUCAGAUUAUAUUACCAUUCCAAUGUGUACAUAUUUCUUUUCCUUUGAUAUAUCUGUAAUAAAUGUCUUUAACUC